AUGUUUGCUCAUCAACUCUUUCGCGUUCCUCGUUUCUACCGAGGUCUCGCAACCCAUGCCAACCACAUGCCUAGCCAGCAGCUACCUGCGGUGUUACAUCUCAAAACUGGACAGUCUUUCACUGGCAAAUCGUUCGGAGCACCUCGCAGCGUCUUUGGAGAGACCGUGUUCUCCACGUCGAUUACCUCUUACACAGAGUCGAUGACGGACCCUUCCUACCGUGGCCAAAUUCUCGUUUUCACCACUCCUCUCAUUGGAAACUAUGGCGUUCCCCGUAAUACUGCGCCCGUAAACUCGCAAGAUGUUGGUGUGGUUCUUGAGUCGGAGAGCAUCCAGUGCGCUGGCGUGGUCGUCGCCGACGUGGCCGAGCGCUUCUCUCAUUACUCUGCCGUCGAAAGCUUGGCAUCGUGGUGCGCCCGUAGCGGUGUCCCGGGUAUCACAGGUGUCGAUACGCGUGCCAUCACUCGCCUCCUGCGUGAUCAAGGUACAACCCUCGGGCGCCUUGCUGUGGGUGCUGACUCUGCGCUGCCUUCUCCGAAGUCCGAAGAAUUCUGGGACCCAACGACCGAGAACCUUGUUGCACAAGUUUCGACUAAAACGCCAUACGAGCUCAACUCAACCGGAGACGUCAAGAUUGCCGUGCUCGACUUUGGCGCCAAGGCGAACAUCCUGCGCUCGCUUGUGCGACGGGGAGCGGCGGUGACCGUGCUGCCCUGGGACUAUGACUUCAACACGAUCCGCGACCGUUUCGACGGGCUCUUCCUCUCGAAUGGGCCGGGUGACCCGAACCACUGUGCGCCGGCUGCAGCUCACCUGCGGCGUACACUCGCAGAGUGGACCAAGCCCGUGUUUGGGAUCUGCAUGGGACACCAGGUGAUCGGUAUGGCUGCGGGGCUUGACGCGUACCGGAUGACCUUCGGGAACCGUGGACACAAUCAGCCUGUACUCGCGCUCGCAUCGUCGGGUUCAAUCCGCGCUGGGCGUGUAUACGUGACGAGUCAGAACCACCAAUACGCACUGCGCCUACAGGAUCCGUUCCCAGCGGGCUGGGAGCCGUUCUUCAUCAACUGCAACGAUUCCAGCGUGGAGGGCAUCAAGAGCACCACUGAGUCUGGGCGCAGGGUUUGGGGUGUGCAGUUCCAUCCCGAGAGCGCAGGCGGGCCGCUCGACACGAUCGAGAUGUUUACAGACUUCCUGGCAGAGUGCCGUGCGAUGAAGCUCCAUUUGGGUUCGGAAACCAAUGAUGUCAUGGGUGCGAAGGAGGAGAUGCCGUUGUUGGCUCGCGAGAAGCCGCAGCGCGUCGCCGUCGCUGCUUGA